GCAGUAAACGUUUUUGUUAGCCAACAAAAAGCGACGACAUUUUGAUCGCACAUAACAAGCAAAACAAAACAACGCGCAGUUUGAUGACGACUUUCUAGAACCCGUCGUGUAACCGCCAGUCGAACUUUUGUCUGAUAACAGAUUGUUUCACCAGUUGCCAACCGAGUUUUAAAGAGUGAUAGUGAUACAAAAGUGCGCUCCAAAAGUUUCUAAAACUGAUAGUAACUACACCUAAAAUAUUCUAGAAAAGAUUGCUAAACUAUUCUUGACCAAUUAUUCAUUAGAAUUAAAAAGCCAGUUCUACAUCUAGACUCGAAAAAGUUUACUCUCACUUGAAAAAGUAUGGUUGUAACAGAGAAUAUCAAUACAUUAGUGUCAGUCACAAAUAAUAAUUAACAGGAUUCAAGAGUUUUGUUCAGUACAGGGGAUCGGAUAAGUGAUUACAAGUUUGGGAUAUUUCCAAAAAGCUGUGUGAAUUGGAUUAAGUUCUUUCCGCUCUCCGUUUUGGCAGCAACAGGCGUGCUUGGAGUCAUCAGAAUGCAAAAGCGUAGACCUAGACUUGCCGGCAAUGAUCACAUAUCAACAAAUUCUUAUUGUUCGGAGCGACGUGUAGGACAUUGAUGGAGUUCCAUUUGGAUAGCGCCGAAUACUGCCAGGCCCAGCACAAAUAGAGAGAGAGCGAGGGAGCAGCGCCGCUUGUCUUGUGUUCUCUUCGUCGCACAACAGCAGUUUGCAAUCAAUCGCGCCGAUCGCGGAGUCACGUCUGGCGAGUGCACGGGAAGAAAACUCUGCCCCGUGUCUUUAAUGGGCUGAAAAGAGAGAGUCGAGGGAGGAUUCGCUAUCAGUUGUGUGAGGGACAAGGAGCGAGAGUGCGGAAGGACCUAGUGCGCGGGAGGAGUCAUUUAGGGAGUGUUUUGUUUCCGGGUCUCUCAGAGUGGCCACUCUAUCGGUGCGAGCUGUCAACCAACAAGAUUAGGCGCCAAUUUCAAAUUUUAGAUUUUUAGUCAUUACGACUAUACAAACUACCACCACCACCACCACCACAUCAUACAACCCAAAUAGACUGACUGUACAUUUAGUGUCUGUGUUCAUCUAGGUUGCCGGUAACCUCAAUUAUUAUAUAUACCUAGAUAUAUAAUAAUAUAAAUAUAAAUCCAUCACAAAUCGACUGCUACUAUCUUCACGUCUUCGUCGUCGUUUAUAUACAAAUUUACAAAUCCGACAACAACUUACUGUAUAUACAUACAUAUUGUAAGACGAACUGACUUCUAAAUUUAUACUACUGCAAACAAAAGUGAGUGAGUAAGCUGGCUCCAUCUGUUGUCUUCGUAUAGUCAUCCUCAUCAUCGUUUUUAUACCGUUCUUAUUUUUAUUUUUUUACAAAACCUUUACCACGUGUAUUUUCUACAUACUAUUCUAAAUACAAGCAACAACAACUCUGAAUCAACUACAACUAGUUUUUAUACAUAAAUCCAACAACGUUCUGAGCAGAACAACAUAGAUCUGAGUUUGGUGGUGUGAGACGCGGAAGAUUUACGAAAAAAAUAACUAAACUAUAUAUUUUUUUACAAAAAAGUAUUUUAUUUAUACGUUUAUGUAAAAUAUAUUAAUUGAAUACAAAUAUAUAUAUAUAUCGUGAGAGUAGAUAAAACGUUCAAAGCAGUGAGAAACGAAGGCAUUUUGAUUUUAAGAAGGUAGACAAAAACACAGCUGAUUGACCGCCGUGUUAAUUGUUGUAGUUGAGUGAGAGAGAGAGAGUGAGCGAGGAGGAUAUUUGCUAAAGUAGUUGGUACAGUGUAUGGCAGACACGAUGAGGCAGAAGGACAUUCGCCCCCCUCCCUGCGAGAUCGAGUACAAAAACAUGAAGUUCCUCAUCACUGACAGGCCGACCGACCAAAAUAUUCAGAGCUAUAUUCUGGAGUUGAAGAAGCAUAACGUGAAGGAUGUGGUGAGAGUGUGUGAGCCCACCUACAAGAUUGAGGAGCUGAGAACGGAAGGCAUUUCAGUCAAGGAUCUCGCCUAUGACGACGGUACUUCUCCACCAAGCGAUGUGAUUGAAGAGUGGUUCGAGCUGCUGAAGAUCCGCUUCAAGGAAAGUCCAGACGCAUGCGUGGCAGUGCACUGCGUGGCGGGGCUGGGGAGGGCGCCGGUCUUGGUUGCACUCGCUCUCAUCGAGCUCGGCAUGAAGUACGAGGACGCUGUCGAGAUGAUCAGGAAGAAAAGGCGUGGAGCAAUCAACUCUAAGCAGUUGGCAUUCCUUUCGGCAUACAGGCCGAAAUCGAGGCUGAAGAUGAAGAACGGACACAAGAACUCGUGCUGUGUCCAGUAAUAGCCUACUACAGUUCUAUGUUUAGUUCGUGUGUGUGUACUGUGUGUAGUCACACGCACUGUAUUUUUGGUUACUCUCAAGUCAGACUUAGCUUAGAAAUACUACAUAUUAUAUAAAUAAGUAUUCGUAACUCAUUACCUUAUUUAAUUUUCAAAUCGUUCAUCAAUGAGUUUUCUUAUAAAUGCCUCUCGACUUCUAUUUAGUGAUUAUCUCGACUGACGAUAACAACCACUCUGAAAUUGUAGACAAAAAAUAGUAGUUCUCUGCCAAAUUUAAUGUGAUUCUUCUAUUUUACUUCGUGUGCAAAAUCAAUUCUUGAAAGAGUUCUCUGUGAUCUGAAGCAUAUUACACGCCAAUUGAUAAAAUAUGUGUAUUGUUCAAGUAGAAGUAAUCGUAUAAUAAACUGCGCUUUCUUCAGCUUCCACAAUACACAAGUUCAUCAAUUCGUGUUUAUAUUAGCUCUACAACCGUAAACUACAUGUAUACUUGUGCUACUGUGUAUUAGUUUCUAUAUUAUACGAUAUAGACACUCCGUUCGUAUUAAUGCUUUAAUAAUUCUAUUAUUCUUGACGGUGAAAGAUUACCAGUUUGAAUAAUAUUAAGUUCAUCAUCACCAAUAUUAUGUUCACUGUUAGAGAAUGGCGUGAAUAUAUGAAUAUAUAGGUACUUCGUCAUCCAAUAAGUUUCAGUAUAGUGUUCUAUAUGUUAAGCACUUUACCACUAGCCGAUCAUGAUAUUUAUUAUUAGAGAUCGUUAUUUAUUUAACAUAUUACCGAUUGAAGAAACAGUUAUUGUUACAUUAUUAUUAUUUAUUUGAUAUUGUUCUCUCAUUACCAUGUCUCAAAGUAACAUGUAGUAACCCUACAACAUUCUACCUGUAAAUAAUUUGUCUUAAACCUUCAAUUUUAUGCCUUUCAUUCAAAAAUUGCAAACAUUGAAUUAUAUAUUGAAACUUUACUUCCUUGCACCAAGAGGUACUUUGAAAUGUUACGGAGAUCACAGACUACCUCCUGGCUCACUUGAAUCUAGGCUUCUUUUUUACUGUUUUUGUCAUUGUAAACGUCCCACCCACAGUUCAGGCCGUAAUUAACAUAUCCACUGAAAUUUCUUUGUUAGUAACUUCUGUAUGGUAAAUUGCAUACUUUUAUUUUUGUGAUUAUUAUAUUUUUGGUAAUACCGGAUUUACAACCUCUCUACACUUCUAAAUUCAGGUCAAUUUCCAAAAAUGCUGGAAUUCCAAGUAAAUUUGGCAAUUUUCUACUCUCACAUCUCAAGUCUAUCGUUCUGGAUAAUUUGGUGAUCAAUGUGACUUUACAUUUUUCUAGGUUCUUGAAAAGAUAUUAGGUACUGCUAACGAAGUAAAUUGAAUACAAUUCAAUUGAGAAGCUCAAGCAUUUUCGAUUCAUGUUUAAUAAUAGUUCAGUCUUUGAGUUUCAUUGUCAGGAAUACUCAGAAUAUAUCUAACAAUACUGAAGUCUAUUAAUAAGCAAAUUAUCCAUGAGGUAGGCUUUGUGAGUCCUCAGAAAUAAAACUAUAUUUGUAAAGAAAGCUUCGCCAUAAAAAAAUAACUUAUUAUACCUCAUGUAGCCUACCGAAUUUUGAAAUUUGAUGUUCACAAAAAAUCAUUUACCAGAACAGAACGUGAAGACUCUUCCUUGUUAUUGAUCAAAUUCUGAAUCUAGAUGAUAAAUAGAAUCACUAUGCCAUUUCGAUUGCUACCAAAAUCCCAAAUAAUAUAUUUCAAUUAUAUCUUAGUUUUGUUGCCAGAUUUUGUUGAAAUUGAAUUCACGAUGAAUUUCCUAACAUCAAGUUGAUAACAAAGAUUCUUUUUAAAUGGGACAUUAUCUAGAUAAAAAUGGAAAACCCAUCAGUUAAAAAAGUUUUUUUUUUUGGUGAAAUAUUUUAGUGUGAAAGAUAUUAUUUUAUUAAUUGUUUUCAUAUCAUUUAGUCUGAUUUCAUAUUAAUUAGUCAUAAAUUCGAUAUUUUAUUAACUGCACAAUGACUGACCUGAUAACUCUCAUACCAUUCAGUUUCUAUUGAUACAUCAUCCCAUCAGGCAAUACAUCAUACAUCUUUGAGCGUAAACGAACUCACAUACUCACUACAUCACCAUCGAUUUUCUGUUUCAAGUUAUUUUAUGUUUCAUGAUUAUUCAUCCUAGAAUAGAAUUCCCGUACCAAAUAAUACAUUUCGAAAAGGACCACGGCCGAAUUUAUCAUAUAUAAUAUAAUAUAGCUAGAUGAAAUUACUCACCAAUGUAAUAUUUUUGUUUCUCAUUACAAUAAUGUUGUAAAACUUUUCUCUGAUUGACAUUGGUUCAGUGUUAUGAACCAGAACUAUUAUAUGCGUUGAAUUUUUAUAUUAUUUGGUGAAGUUAAUAAAGGCAUUUCUGUCUCUGCAACUGAA